AUGAGGGUCCCUAUAUUUGAGGAUGUAAAAGAUGAAAUGGAAGAGGGAAAAACAGAGGAAGAAGAAGAUGAAAAUGACACGGUGUUUUUUAAGCCUGUUAUUGAAGACCUAAGGAUGGAAUUGGCCAGAAAAUGCACCAAACUCAUUAGUGAUAUUCAUUAUAAAGAAGAGUAUAAAAAGUCUAAGGACAAGUGUACAUUUGUGACUGACACUCCCAUGCUAAACCAUGUAAAAAAUAUCGGUGCUUUUAUUUCUGAGGCAAAAUACAAAGGCACCAUUAAGGCGAACCUCUCCAAUUCUCUUUAUAAGCAGAUGCCAGCCACAAUCGAUAGUGUUUUUGCAAGAGAAGUUACGCAGCUUCAGAGUGAGGUUGCCUAUAAGCAGAAACAUGAUGCUGCCAAAGGAUUCUCAGAUUAUGCCCAUAUGAAGGAGCCACCUGACAUCAAACAUGCCAUGGAGGUCAAUAAACACCAGAGUAAUAUUUCUUAUAGAAAAGAUGUGCAGGACACCCAUAUGUACAGUGCGGAUCUCAACAGACCAGACAUCAAGAUGGCAACACAGAUCUCCAAGAUCAUAAGCAAUGCAGAAUACAAGAAAGGGCAAGGAGUAAUGAAUAAAGAGCCUGCUGUAAUUGGAAGACCAGAUUUCGAACAUGCUGUGGAAGCUUCUAAACUUUCUAGUCAAAUUAAAUACAAAGAAAAAUUUGAUAAUGAAAUGAAGGUUAAGAAACAUCAUUACAAUCCUCUUGAAAAUGCUUCUUUUAGGCAAAGUCAGCUUGCCACCUCACUGGUGAGCGAUGUGAAGUACAAGAAAGACAUUCAAAGUAUGCACGAGCCAGUCUCAGAUCUCCCAAACCUGUUUUUAGACCAGGCUUUGAAAACCAGCAAAAUGCUCAGCCGACGAGAGUAUAGAAAGCUUUUUGAGGAAAACAAAGGAAUGUAUCAUUUUGACGCGGAUGCUCCUGAACACCUGCACCAUAAAGGCAAUGCCACGCUCCAGAGUCAGGUUAAAUACAAAGAAGAGUAUGAGAAAAAUAAGGGAAAAUCAAUGCUUGAAUUUGUUGAGACACCCUCAUAUCAAGCUUCAAAGGAGGCUCAGAAGAUGCAGAGUGAGAAAGUUUACAGAGAGGAUUUUGAGAAGGAGAUUAAAGGAAGGUCAUCACUGGAUUUAGACAAGACUCCAGAAUUUUUACAUGUAAAGUACAUCACCAACCUUCUGAAAGAGAAGGAAUAUAAGAAAGAUUUGGAAAAUGAAAUAAAAGGCAAAGGAAUGGAACUUAACUCAGAUGUUCUUGAUAUUCAAAGAGCAAAACGUGCAUCCGAAAUGGCUAGUGAGAAAGAAUACAAGAAAGACCUGGAGUCAAAAAUUAAAGGGAAGGGAAUGCAAGUCGACACCGACACCCUUGAAAUACAACAUGCCAAAAAAGCUUCAGAGAUAGCUAGUCAGAAAGACUAUAAGAGAGAUCUGGAGACUGAAAUAAAAGGGAAGGGCAUGCAGGUGGGUCCAGACAUUCCUGAUAUCCAGAGAGCCAAGAAAGCAUCGGAAAUGGCCAGCCAGAAAGAAUACAAGAAAGACUUGGAAAAUGAAAUUAAGGGGAAAGGAAUGCAAGUAAGCAUGGACAUCCCGGACAUACUGCGAGCCAAGAGGGCAUCUGAGAUCUAUAGCCAGAAAAAGUAUAAAGACGAAGCAGAAAAGAUGCUUUCUAACUAUAGUUCUGUGGCAGAUACUCCUGAAAUUCAGAGAAUCAAGACAACUCAACAAAACAUUAGUGCGGUAUUUUAUAAGGAAGAAGUAGGAGCUGGCACAGCAGUAAAAUAUACUCCAGAGACUGAACGAGUGAAGAAAAAUCAGCAGAAUAUUAGUUCAGUAAAAUACAAAGAAGAGAUGAAUCAGGCAACGGCCAUUUCCGAUCCUCCAGAGCUAAAGAGAGCUAAAGAAAACCAGAAGAACAUCAGCAAUCUCCAAUACAAAGAACAGUACCACAAAACCACGCCGAUGAGCGUCACGCCGGAGAUGGAGAGGGUGAGGAGAAACCAGGAGCAACUGAGUACGGUAAAAUACAAAGGAGAAAUUAAACAGGCAACGGCCAUUUCUGAUCCACCGGAGCUGAAGAGAGCUAAGGAAAACCAGAAGAACAUCAGCAAUGUUUAUUAUAAAGGUCAACUGGGAAGAGCUACAGCUUUAAGUGUAACUCCUGAAAUGGAAAGAGUGAAGAAGAACCAAGAAAAUAUUAGUUCGGCAACAGUAAAAUAUACCCAGGACCAUAAACAGAUGAAAGGUAGACCAAGUCUGAUUUUAGAUACACCUGGUCUGAGAUAUGUCAAAGAAGCACAAAAUCGUAUUUCAAUGGUAAAAUAUCAUGAAGAUUUUGAAAAGACAAAGGGAAGGGGCUUUACUCCUGUUGUAGAUGACCCUGUGACGGAGCGAGUGAGGAAAAACACCCAAGUGGUCAGCGAUGCGGCCUACAAAGGCGUCCAUCCUCACAUUGUGGAGAUGGACAGGAGACCUGGAAUCAUUGUCGACCUCAAAGUUUGGCGUACAGAUCCUGGCUCCAUCUUCGACCUUGAUCCCCUGGAAGACAAUAUUCAGUCUAGAAGUCUCCAUAUGCUCUCUGAAAAGGCGAAUCACUAUAGGAGACACCGUUCUCGAUCUCACUCGAGCAGCACUUUUGGUACAGGUCUGGGAGAUGACAAAUCAGAAAUAUCCGAGAUUUACCCUAGCUUUUCAUGCUGCAGUGAGGUAACCAGACCGUCGGACGAAGGAGCGCCCGUUCUUCCUGGAGCCUACCAGCAAAGCCAUUCCCAAGGCUAUGGGUACAUGCACCAGACCAGCCUCUCAUCCAUGAGGUCAAUGCAGCACUCACCAAAUCUAAGGACCUACCGAGCCAUGUACGAUUACAGUGCCCAGGACGAAGAUGAGGUCUCCUUCAGGGACGGUGACUACAUCGUCAACGUGCAGCCCAUCGAUGACGGCUGGAUGUACGGCACGGUGCAGAGAACUGGGAAAACAGGGAUGCUCCCAGCCAAUUACAUUGAGUUUGUUAAUUAAUUAUUUCUCCUUGUCUUUGAGCUUUAUUCUAAUGUAUACUAAACCCAAUCUUUUUAAAAGAUAGAAGAUACUUUUAAGACAACUUGGCAGUUAUUUUACAAUAAUCUGUCUUUACUUUGACAAUGAGACACACAGGUACCAGGAAGAAGGAAUGACUUCUGGGCUCAGGACACCUACAUUUUCAGUGAUUCCUGUGCACAAAGUCUAUAGGUCUGGAGGCCUGGUGCUGCUAAUUGGGUUAAUGGUUUCUUUUGAUUGGCUAUCAAACACUUCUGGGAAAUGUAUUUUUGUAGACUUUAAUAGAGAUGUUGAUCGUCCCUUAAAUGUAACAAGUCUAUGAAACUUCUUACCUGUCACUUUGGAAUCACCAGAAGCCAAUUCUCUUAAUUCAGUAACACAGCCAAUAAUUUAAAGACCAUUUAGCUUUUGAGUCAUUAGGGAAUUUCCAAUUCAAGUGAAAAUUGCCUAAUGUAAUAAAUGUCAGGAGUGGCAGAAUGACAGUUUGGUUAAAAUUACAUUGACUGGUGGCCUUCGGGACCUAGAAACUUCUCCCGAACAAAGACAUUUCCUUGUUCCCUAGGCUGACUUGGGUCUCUUUAUUUCUCAUUGGUACCAAGGCGUAUCCUACUCUCCAUUUACAUUCUGUGGGCCCAAGUCUACGCUUGACUCCAUAGAAUGUCAGGACCAAAUAACGUCACAGCUACUCUGCAAAGGGCAAAGUUUAAGGUCAUCUCUAUUAUUUCCCUAAGCGCUUUUACCCUGUUGCAUGUCACAUAGGUUCAAGCUUCUGUAACAUAGGAAGCUGCACUGCCUAUUAUUAAAGCAAAAUGUGCGGCUGAUAACCUAACAGCCCUUCCCUCUAGUCGCCAGCUCAUCAGAAAAACAUAUUUGGAAAAGUUGCUUGAGAUUCUCCUGCUGCCUUGCACUCUAGUUGUGAAGGAUUUACACCUUUAGGAAAUAGAUGUCUACUCUAGCAAAUAAGUGAUUUAGGUGUUUACCGAGCAGCUUUCAUUAACUUAAUGCCGCUGUCGAUUUAAAAGUAAAGAAAGCUUAAUAAGAGCCAGUGACUACAAAGUGUGCGAGAGACAACCAGUGAACAAAAUGUCACCCACUCCGCAUAGAGAUAAUCGUUGUUUUGUUUUGUUUUGUUUUAAAUUUUGGAAAAUGCUAUUCACAUCCGGUACUGGAAAUCUAGCCACUGAAACCAGUUAAUGAAAAGACUUCUUUUCUACUUUCUUCUGUUUUUUACCUUCUAAACCAUAUUGUCAGGGGGAGCGGGGUGGGAGGAUGAAAAUGCCAGCAGAGAUUUUAGGUCUAGGCCCAACAGGUUGUUCACUAAAAGAAAUUGUUGCCCUAUCUGGUCAAGACGAUUGGCCGGUAGUUCAUAGUCAAGGUCACUGGAGAAAUUAACAUCCAUCAGCGACUCUGUGUUUUCCUGAUGUAUUUGGACCUCAGCAGGGUAGCAUUUGUGUAGGGCCUGACUCUGGAAUUGUGAUGAAGCUGCAAAAGCAAAGUUACAAAAAUGUGAUAAAAUGUAUAGAUCUUGGGGUUAUCUCCCUUAUGUAAUAUAGGCAAAGAAAUUAAUGAAAUAUCCUGUAAAAUACCUUUUACGGAAGUGUUUAGGAGUCCAGAAACAAAUGCUAAUCCAUUUACACUUUUGAAAAGUUAGCACCUACUUUUUGAAAAUCUAGAGUUUCAUUUUAUCUGGCUCAAAGAGCAAACAAGCUUUAUUACGCUCAGGCUGCAUCUACAGGACACUCACAUAAAAAGAGAUGAGAGAAAUUCAGGUGAAAAACUAGAGAGUUUUUUGAGUUUUUUUUUUUUUUUUUUUUUUUUUUACAGAUUCCUACAUACCCAGCUGGACUGAUUUUCUAGUAUUGAAAUGGCCAGUUAUGAUUAAAUUAACCCCCUAUCCAUUUUGAUGUCUUGUACACAAACCAACAAAGACAAGCUGAACUUGUGACAUUCUUGCCCAAAAAAAAAAAAAAAAAAAAUUCUGUGUGUUAAAACUGGGGCAAUAAGCUUGCUCAAUUUUAUUAUGUCAUUAAGUAAAUAUUUUUCACCCAGACCACUUUUUUGUGAUUAUGAAAAAGAGUAGUUGUUGAUUAAAUUUGCAGACUAAAUGUAGGACAGGUACAAUUUUUGAGAAAUAGCACAUUUAUAGGAAGCUCAAAGGGAACGGAUUUGAAAUGAUACUCUUUAUCGGGGAAAAGUCCCAUAAAGUAGCAGCUGGUUGUUCCAUUGUCUUUCUCAUCCACUAAUUUCAAAAUCAGAUUCAUGGAAUGUAGAAGUCAAUAAUUACUAGGGGAAUAAUUCUAAAAUUUUAAGCUUAGCAUAAUGUUUGCAUAGCGAGAUGUUUCUGCUUCCAGCCUCUAGGAAUUAAGGUCUGCUCAGAAUUUAACCAGACAGCAGUUAUUUUAUAAUAAAGACUGUGGGAGAACAUGAUGUCACAUGCUCCUGAUGCCAUAACUGGGUAGUGUUGCCACUGUUCCUAAAGCUUGUCAGGAUAUUGAGCAUCUCAGCAGAAAUAUCAGAAACAUAUAUGUAUAAUACCAAAGUGCUAUUUUUACAGCAUCAUUUUUCAAAACUACGUUCUUGAACGCUUUUUCCACUUUGCACAUGCCCCCCCUCCCCUCAGUUUGGCGACAUGCAUCUCAUACAUAAAUAACACUAACGGCUAAAGAAGGGUGUAAAUAAAAAAAUCUGUCUUUUAGAAAUCAAGCUAAAGACUGAAAUGUCCAAGCACAGAGAGCAUGCACCUGAUUCUCCGAACGUGAUGUGUUCUCAGGCUUGGUAAAAGCACAUGGAGCAGGUUGAUACGUUUUUACAAGUUUCCGAAAACAAAACUAUAUGUGGAUCAUCUCUGGAGAGAGAAGCAGAGCAGUGGAAUAGGUGACUUUUGUUGUAGGUUUUUGUAGUCAAUAUUUUUACUGAUUCUCGUGCUCUAAGGAAAGCUUUCUAUUUCUAACGUGGCAAAAUGAGUUCUUCACGUCUUCUUGUUCUUGUUUAGACACCCGCAGUGUAGCCCAGUUUGAAAUAUUUAUCUGGUUGUCAGAUCCCCAUGCCAUCCCUGCCUCUUCCUAGGCUUCCCCACCUCCAGAGAUCAUACGGGAAUUUGCAAGCACAAUUUCUAUGGGCACCUUGUAUGAACAUGAUUGAGAUUAGACCAGCCCUUCUUUGUCACUAAGUUUCAUCGCUUGAAGAUGAUGAAGAUGCAGUUUGGGCAGGUUAACCACAGUCUUUCCUCCCUUGUCCUCUCCUGGUUGAGCUUGACAACAGUCUGGGAAGUGGGGAAACAGACUUUACUAGAACAGUGAAGUUCAAGAGGUGCAUCUCUUUUUCAGGUGUAUUCACCUCUGGUGAAAUGUUUUUAAUGAAAAGAUAAAGAAAAUGGGUGUGAUCCUUUAAUAGCACAUCCCUAUAUAAAGUGGAUAUAGUUUAUACCAAAAUUAUAAUAUAGAUAUAUUUUUAAAAAGGUGCCUUUUUGAUUACCCUUGUUUAUCCAUGACGGUCUUGGAAAGAAAACCAAGCAAGCAAGCUUCUUAUCUAUUCUAUAGUAGUAUUUUGUUAUACAUGAUUGGUAUUUUUGUGGUGGGGAAGUGAGAUGCUCCUGACAGAUAUGAAAGGUGAUAGCUGAUUGUAUUUUUACCUCUAAAGGUGUAGAACUUUAGAAAAUACUGACCUUUCCCAUCUAUUUCUGAAAAGUUCUUUGUGCAUUUAUAUAUAAUCAGGAUGCAUAAACAUUAACUUUAGAUUUGAGACUUAAAAUAGCUAUUGUAAGAUAGAAGAAUUACGUUAUGAGGCUGAAUUCAUUACACAAGAUGAAAUUCACUUCAUAAAUUUCAUUAUACCUUAGCUAUAUUUGCUUCUGAUAAUCUAAAAGCGGCUAGAGGGUGGGUGUUUUGGGUAACGAGACACAGAGGAGAGAAAACUUUAGUUAAGUAAGAAGCUAUGUAAAGUAAGUUAAGAAUGCUAAAAGGGAAGUCUCUUUCUGAAGUAUUCCAUGCCCAUUAGGGUCCUUUCCAGACAGUCAAUUACUGUAUGAUGUUUCUGUGGCCAUCAUUUCAUGAUGCUUAGACUACUGGAAUCCACCAGCCUGGAAGGAUCCCCAGGGCAGAUUUCUCUCCGGUUGUCCAUAUUACUUCUGUAUAUUCAUGGAAUUCCAUAUGCUUUUUGCGUUUGAUACAUGAUAUCCAGUUGGCAUACUAUCUACUUCUUGGGAAUCCAGUUGCUGUUAAGAAUGCUUGACUUUGAAGGAAAAGAGAAAACUGUAUCCUAGUCCCAUUCUUCAGUGUCCAUACAAUGAAUGGCUGAGCAUUUAGAAGUGGUACCGAGUGUGCUGUGGGUUUGGUGUGGAAACAUUGGCCUUUGACCUGUGCUAAGAAUACAAAAUUGAAUCAUUGCACAGCUUGGCUUCUGUCUGCUUCGAAAAUGUAGAAUGGUGGUUGAUGAUGAACUUGCAAGACUGUACUAACUUUGAGAGCAUACAGUUUUAAUGGAAACACUUAAUGUUUUUAAAAUGAAUGGGCUUAUAGAAUGAUACAAUGUUAUUAAUAUAAUUUGGCUUUUGUUAUGCAAAUUAACACCAGCUAUUAAAAUAUAUUUUAGUAGAAAUGCUUUAAUUCAUGUUUUCUUUCCUCUACACUGUGAAUCUUUAAGCCUUGGUGGACUAGAGCAACAUCGUGCUGCCCAAAGGACUAACCUAUGCAAACUAGUUCACAUUUUAGUGGAUGUCACAGUAAUUGUGUAAUAUGACAUUAUUUCCCCCUGCAUAGUGUACAGCGGCAUUGAAAUAAACAUUAAGCCUAGCAUCAUGUAUGUAUAGUAUAGUCACUCACGAACCCUUCAAGGCUACUAUAAUCAUUAGUAUUAUUAUUUGUUUAAAAGCAAAUCGCUGAGUUAUCUAUUAAAUCUACUUGAACGAUGUCAGAACAAGAAUGGCAGCUGGACGUGUUGGCCGUGGCUUCAAUGUGGUCACUGCACGUGUUCUCCUGUGAUAGAGCUGUGUUCGGAUGCACUCUCUUCAGGGUAUUACUAUUCUGUCUUCUUUCUGUAUUUGUAAAACAUUAUAACGCUCUAAUUUUCCUAUCUCUACACAUUUGGUUUGCUUAAAUAAAUGCAGGAUAUAACAAAA